GAGAUACGUCACGUAACCCGGAUGUAAAAUCUAUUAGCAUUAGCGUUCUUGUUAGCAGCUGUUGUACACAUGCUAAUUUAAGGUGAUUUAUGACAACUAAAUACUAAUAUUGAGGAUUUUGUUGUGAAGAACCAAAAUGUAAUGACUUAAUUCUCAUAUCAUAUGUUAUAUAAAGUCUUGGCGGAUGUUUUUGAAACUUCGUAAAUGUAACUGAACUAGUGGGAACUGCACCGCUUGUUUUUAUUUUGACAUUUUUCAUGUCCGCUACCUGAAACCAUGAGCACAAACACGGACGUCAAGCCGUCUCUGCGCUUUGGCCAGGUGGUCAUCGGACCUCCCGGCUCAGGGAAAACCACGUACUGCCAAGGAAUGCGGGAGUUCUUGACCACCAUGGGACGCAAGGUGGUGGUGGUGAACAUGGACCCAGCCAACGAGGGCAUACCGUAUCCCUGCGCGGUGGACGUCUCCGAGCUGAUCACUCUGGAUGAUGUGAUGGACAGCUUGAAGCUCGGACCCAACGGUGGCCUUCUGUACUGCAUGCAGUACCUGGAGGCCAAUUUGGACUGGCUGGAGACUAAGCUGAAGCAGCACAGUGACUGUUACUUCCUUUUUGACUGUCCUGGACAGGUGGAGCUUUACACUCACCAAAGUUCAGUCAAGAACAUCUUCACACAGCUGGGGAAGUGGAACUUCCGGCUGACAGCCGUCCACAUCGUAGACUCUCAUUACUGCGCUGACCCGGCUAAGUUCAUCUCAGUGCUGUGCACCUCCUUGUCCACCAUGCUGCAUGUGGAGCUCCCCCAUGUCAACGUGCUCUCAAAGAUGGACCUGAUUGAGCAAUACGGCAAACUAGCCUUCAAUCUGGACUUCUACACUGAAGUGAUGGACCUGACCUACCUUCUGGAUCACUUGGCCGCUGACCCAUUUUUCAAAAAAUUUCGUCAUUUGAAUGAAAAGUUGGCAGAAGUGAUCCAGGAUUACAGCCUCGUCUCCUUUGUGCCUCUGAAUGUGCAGGACAAAGAGAGCAUGAUUCAGGUCUUACGAGCGGUGGACAAGGCCAACGGCUACUGUUUCGGAGAUUUGGAGGAGAGAAAUCUACAGGCUAUGAUGUCAGCUGCGGUGGGGGCAGACUUCCAGUUCAACUCCACACUUGGAGUUGAAGAGCGGUAUGUUGAAAGCGGUGGAAGGAGCGUGGAGGAGGAAAUGAUGGAGCUGUGAAAUGAAGAAUCAAAAGGAAAAGGACUGCGUUUGAAGACUCUUAUUCCAGCUCACUGGAUUUCACUGAGCUCAUUACUUAAAAAAAGGAGAAUGACUAAGAAAUUGAGAACGAACUUUGCAGUGAGCUAUGACCUCAUAGACCACAGUGGAGAAUAUUCACAUCUUCUUAAUAAAAAGCUGUUUAAUCACUUUUGUUUCUUAAAAUGUAUUUUUGUAUUUUCAAUGCAUUUUUUAUAACUUUUUAAAAAAUGACACACAUUAGAAAAAAAAUGCAUUGCAAAAAAAAUGCACAUUUAUUCUUUUUUUAUUGAUUCUGUAAAAAAUAUACAUCUUUAUUUUUGUUUGGAUGACUGAUGGUAAAAAUUGUCCAGAGGUCCUUCAUCAUGGUUGUCAUCCUGCAUCUAGACUGUGAGAAAAAUGUCUCCAAGAAAGCGACAUAAACCUGCAUGUUCCCUCCUCCUCUGCUCCCGUGAGCGUGAUGGAGCUCGACAUCAUGUUGCUCCUCACACGCUUCUCUCCGCGUUCGCAGGACUUGUUGCUUUUAGCACCGAGAAGGUUCAGAAUCAGCGUCUGUGUGGGAGAUUUGAAGUCACUGUUGCCUGUUUUUGUACAAACAUCUGCACAUUUUUCUAUUUUCUCCUAGAUAAACCUCCACCAGCAGAGGGCGCAUGCGCGUGCAGAUCCUCCUCACUCCCUCCCUCCCCAGAUCCGCAGAAAUCUGCUCCGAUUCUUUCCAGCAUCCGGAGCAGAAAAAUUAAGUCAGGCGGGGAGAGGAAGCCACAUUAAAUCUGUGUUUCUGCACAACUG